AUGCGGCCCGUUGUACCUAAUCGUUCAAGGACCUCAAGCAGCGUGUCUAGUGCUGCGAGCUCGGUCAAAACGAACGACACUUUCGAUGCUAUUCUUUCGAGUCCAGCCAGCAGCAGGACGAGCCUCGAGUCUUGGAAUUCGAGUCCACGAAAGAUCGAGUACGGAUGGCAGCGACCGGCACCAAUUAAACAAUACCGGCCGAGAAGAGAAACAGGGGAACUCUUAGCUGCCCUCCCCGAAGAAGUUCUAGGACUUAUUCUGGACGAACUAAAGAAGUUGCAUCUAAAGCCUGAUAGUACAAGUUGUGCAACAUGCAUGAUGAGAGAUUUGUGCUCUGUCGCUGUGUCAGGGCGGGGCUUGUUGAGAGCCGCCCAAGUCGCACUAUACGAGGAUAUCCAACUGGUCGGGGCAGAUUCGCAAAUGCAAAGGAAGCGAUACAAGCUGAAUUUUGGUUCUCGUCUCGUACUACUUCGGCGAACAUUAAGAUCAAACCCCAAACUGGCGGCGAUGGUUCAUAGCCUGAAAGCUCCAGCUGUGACCCAAGGCGUUCCUCUUGACCUAUACCAGAACUUGGUGGCUUCUGUCAUCAUGGCAUGUCCUAACUUCGAACGAUUAGUUGGAUUUCACCAGAACCACGACUACUCGUUCAACCGUCUAUUCCAUGCAUUAUCCACUCGGCGCAAGUUAACAGAGAUGCAUUGGACCAUCGAGCCCUCUCAAUUUCAGAGGAAGCGCCGUCUUUCGAACGCUGCAGCGCUACUGAAUUCGGAGAACCCAAAUUUCAAAGAAGCCCCGGGAGACUUACCACAUCAGCUAAGCGAAGACUUCUUAGAACUUCACACGGACUGGGAGCAUUUGAAAACUCUGUCGAUACACUGCCUCCCGGGCGCGACGCUUACACCUGUGUCUCUUAUACCUGACAUAUUAUCUCGCCUGCCAGCUCUUGAGAAUCUUCAUCUAUCUCACUUACCUUUUACAUCUUUUAACGAUGCGAAUCUACUCUCAUUGCCACCGCUGCAAACACUCACAUUAUCGCAUCUUCCAGGUGUAUCUAGCGAAGGUCUUUCCUCUUUCGUCAGGCGACCCUCGACUCGAUCACUUAAAAAGCUUACUCUUCAGCACAUGGAUGUUGACUCGUUACCGACGCUCAGCCAGGUUCUCUCGAACCUUACGGUAUUGGAGACAUUUUCGCUAGUACAAGGUUCUCCGCCGAUUAUGCCACCAAAUGAGAUGAUAUGGUUAUUUCCCUAUCUUGCUUCGCCGUCGUUGCGCAAGCUGCACUGGGAUAUUACGAGUAACCAAUCGUCCGCAAAUAAGGCAGACUCGAUACUUGCUAGAAGCAUAGAAGCGAACGGCUUUCCAUCGUUACGGAACUUACGCGCGCCGAAUGAUCCCGAGGGAAUUUUCCAGUCGCUCUGUAAGCCGAUGGAGAAGAUCGAGACAUGUAAUGAUAAGUUGCGCGGUCUUAUCUCUAAGUGCACGUCGCGGCCUAGCCCUCCGGCAACUCCAACAACGCCAAGCACGCCGAAGACGCCAAGCAAGUCUCCCUUAGGGCUUAGUUUCCCAAUGGAGGACCAGCUUUUCCCAUCCAAGAUGUCGAGCAACCUUUCACAGUCUCGGACCGCGGCGCAGAGCAGACUAGAGGCGGCGUGGCAAAAACCUCGCUUUUUUGUAAACGUGAUAAAUGAGGACGGGUCUGUGGCUGAAGACUAUGGCCUUGCGGGGUUCAUCGGCCAAGUAGAGUCAAAAAUAUGGUAUUGCGUGAUGCCAGAUGAGGGUGCGACAGACGAAAACGGCGGGCUCGUUGACAUUUCUGACGUACUUGGCGACCAAGGUGAAAACCUAAAAGUUGAAGGCCGGGAGGGAUGCAACGGGCGCUGGAACUCGUAUAACGGAAACAUUGCUGACAAGAAGGAACGCGAACGCUGGCUUCACACCGAGCGCGGACGUUGGCGUCUUGUAACACUAUGA